AUGUGCAGGAGUAAAGCAAAAAGCAGUCGCGAAAGAGAACAUAAACAGAAAGAUGGAAAGCCUGAACAGAAAAGCCAUGCAAACAAAUGCAGUGUGAAAGAUAAAAAGAAAAAAAUCCAUCACAUCGAGGCGAGUGAAAGUGAAAGAAUGAAAUCAGACAGUGAUAGUGACUUGGGACUGUAUGUCGUGUCUCAGAAAGGAAAAUAUUCACGCAUAUCAGUAAGGCCAACAGUCAAUGGAAAGAAAAUGGAGAUGGAAUUAGAUACAGGGGCUGCUGUGUCAUUGAUUCCUUGGGAACUGUACAAACGAAAGCUGCACAAAUUCCCUCUGCAACCCACUGAUAUCAUGCUAAAGACAUACACAGGAGAGCCUUUGGCACCAGAAGGAGUCAUUAAAGUGCAAGUGGAAUUAAACAAGCAACGUGCUGACUUGCCACUGUACGUGGUGAAGGUGGAUGCUCCACCAUUGUUUGGUAGGGAGUGGCUGAGAACCAUUAAACUGAAUUGGAGAGACUUAAAGACUGUACAUGCCAUUGAGCAAAGACAGACAGACAGCUUAGAUACUGUGUUAAAGAGACACUCCGCUGUUUUCUCCAAUAAGUUAGGCACCAUGAAAGGAAUGAAAGCCAGACUCACUCUAAGACCAAACAGUGUGCCCAAAUUCUGCCCACCAUGUAACGUGCCAUAUGCUCUUCGACCGCAAGUGGAGGCUGAGCUGAAACGUCUCACUGAGCUUGGCGUCAUCUCACCUGUGGCGCAUAGUGACUGGGCUACGCCAGUGGUGCCCGUCAAUAAAAAAGACGGCACGGUGAGCUGCGGGGAUUUCAAAGUCACCCUCAACCCAGCUCUUUGCAUCGACAAGUACCCAAUCCCACAUAUUGAGGACUUGUUCGCUUCUCUCGCUGGAGGUCAAUGCUUCAGUAAGCUGGAUCUAUCCAAUGCGUAUCUACAGAUGGAAGUAGAAGAGAGCACCAAGAAGCUGCUGACCAUAUCGACACAGAAAGGACUUUUCUGCUUCAACCAUUUACCGUUUGGUGUAGCAUCAUCACCCGCCUUGUUCCAGAAGGCAAUGGACCAGGUGCUCCUCGGACUGCCACAUACUCACUGUUACCUGGACGACAUCCUUGUCAGUGGUCCUGAUGAACAAACACACCUGAAAACCCUGGAUGCUGUCCUCAGCAGGUUAGAGGAAUACGGCCUGCACCUCAAGCAAGAGAAAUGUCUCUUCUUCCAGGAGUCCGUGGAAUACCUGGGCCAUAUCAUUGACACUGCUGGGCUCCACAAAUCACCUGAGAAGGUACGUGUCAUUGUGGAGGCACCAGCACCAGGCGAUGUAAGUCAACUUCGCUCGUUCUUAGGAAUGCUUAAUUAUUAUGGACGCUUUAUCCCUGACCUGGCCACUGUGCUUAAGCCGUUGAAUGAACUGCUCAACAAAGAAAAGAAAUGGCAGUGGAUGUCAGACUGUGCAUCAGCGUUCCAGAAAGCUAAAGCACUCCUGGUAUCACAAGAGGUGCUCACACACUACAAUUCUGAGCUGCCUCUCCGCCUCGCUUGCGACGCUUCACCCUAUGGGGUUGGAGCUGUGCUUCACGUCAUGCCGGAUGGCGAUGAAAAACCUAUAGCCUAUGCAUCAAGAACUCUCAGCAAAGCGGAACGAAACUACGCUCAGAUCGAGCGGGAGGCGUUAGCGAUAGUCUUUGGAGUACGCAAGUUCCACCAGUACCUUUAUGGUAACACAUUCACUCUAUUCACUGACCAUCGCCCGCUAACAACCAUCCUCAGUCCAGUGAAAAGCACGCCAUCCAUGGCUGCAGCUCGCAUGCAACGCUGGGCGCUCCUACUGUCUGCUCACAAUUACACCAUUGAGUACAGGAAAGGUGCUCUACAUGCCAACGCUGAUGGACUGUCAAGGUUACCGCUUCCUCAUGCCCCCAGUGAGAAACAAGGUGCAGUGGAGGUGUUCUACACAUCACAGUUGGACACAUUACCAGUCAGCAACACAGAGAUCAAGCGUCACACCAUGUCUGACUCCACCCUGUCUCGUGUCAUGGAAAUGGUCACAACUGGCCGUUUUCCAACUGCAAAGAAUGCAGAGCUGCACUCAGCACACCCAGGUGUAGUGAGGAUGAAGAGUUUAGCGUGCAGCUACAUUUGGUGGCCCGGCAUCGACGCCCAGAUCGAGCACCAAGCAAAGUCAUGUCACUCAUGUUAGCAUGUGCAGAAAGACCCUGGUCUAGCACCAUUACACCUGUGGAUGUGGCCAUCCAGUCCUUGGGAACGUAUACAUGUGGACUUUGCUCGUCCAUUUGAAGGACAUAUGUACCUAGUCACAGUGGACGCACACUCCAAAUGACCCGAGGUGCACAUCAUGGAUAUCACCACAUCCAGCAAGACCAUCCAAGUGCUUAGGGGACUUUUUAGUCGCUAUGGCAUUCCACACAGUCUUGUAAGCGACAAUGGACCUCAGUUCUGCUCUGAAGAAUUCAGCAUGUUUCUGAAAUCCAAUGGAGUCAAACACAUUCGCUCAGCGCCAUACCACCCUGCCUCCAAUGGCUUGGCAGAGCGCUUUAUGCAAACGUUCAAACACGCUCUGAAAUCUUCCAGAGGAACUACAUCAGUGCAACAGCGUCUAGAUACGUUCCUCCUGACCUACCGCAACAUCCCCCAUGCAACAACAAAGGAAACCCCAGCAAUGCUGUUCACUGGACACAAGCUGCGUUCUCGACUGGAUUUCCUGAAACCAAGUGUUGUUGGAGCAAUGCACCAGUCACAGGAUGCUCAACAGCAACGACGUCAACUACACUCCAAAGAGAGACAGUUUGACGUUGGUGAGCCAGUGCUCGUGCGUGAUUAUAGGAGGGGGGAAGAUAAGUGGAUGCAAGCUGUGGUGAUCGAGAAGACUGGACCAGUGUCGUACAAGGUAAAUAUGGGAACACAAUGGGUCUGUAAAUGUCAUGUGGACCAGAUGCUGACUCAUCCCAAGUCAGAGCCACAAGAGACUGCAGUGAGCCUUCCUGUGAGUCCUCCGUUGUCGCUACCUCAGACAACCACACUUGGUACCACACCUAGCCCGAGUACACCUCAACAGAAGGAGGAUACUGAUAUAGUGCCACACACACCACCCAAAACACCUAAGACACCCAAGACACCACAGCCCGCAGAAACGGCACACAUGGAACAUAUAGAGACAACAGAGACUGUACGACGUUAUCCUGUGAGGAUCACACGUCCGCCAGUACAUUACAGUGAUCAGUGA